AUGUCAAUCAGGUCGGACGACAGCGACGGGGACCCAGAGGUUCUGGAUCCGCACGACCCGAAGGCGACUGGCGCGCAUCCACACAAACGUUCCGAAAACUUUGUCGGCACCGCAGAAGAGGCGGAGAUGAUGGCAAACAUGACAUAUAUAGAGCGCAAGAAGUACUUGAGCCGCAUCAGGAUCGAGUGGAAUGUUUCGCCCAUUUACUGGAGAGAACAAUUCCUCAUUCGACUCGCUGAAUGCCUGAUGACUUUCGGCGCGCCGUCUCAUCGCAUCGAAGCCCAGCUCGUCUCUGCAGCUCGCGCCCUCGAGAUUGAGGCCGAAUUUGUCCACAUCCCCGGACUUAUCAUGUGCUCCUUCGGUGACAAGAUGAAGAGGGCGUCCGACCUGCGCUUCAUCAAGUGUGCCGGGAGUCUGGAUCUCGGGAGCUUGCACACGGUGCAUGUCAUGUAUCGCCGGGUGGUGCACGACGAGGUCAGCGCACAAGAAGCUGCGGCCUUCCUAAAGCACCUCCUCACAGCAAAGCCUGCCUACCGCCGCACUGUGCGAAUCAUCCUUGCAUUCUUCUUGUCUUCCAUGAUCUGUCCGCUGGCAUUCGGUGGCUCGAUUAUCGACAUGUGGGUCGCGGGCGUUACUGGGGUGUUCCUCUCGGUCAUGCAAGUGCAAGUUGCUGCUAGAUCUGCGAUGUAUGCGGCUGUCUACGAAAUCACCGUCUCCAUGAUUGUCUCCUUCGCUUCGCGCGGCUUGAGUGCUAUCCGCUCCAGUCACUUCUUCUGCUACACCGCAAUCUCUUCAUCCGGCAUCGUCGGUAUUUUGCCAGGAUUCCUGAUCCUCAGCAGUUCUCUGGAGCUUGCGUCCAAGAACAUCGUUUGCGGUAGCGUGAGGAUGGUGUACGCGUUGAUUUACACCUUGUUCUUGGGUUUUGCCCUUCAAAUCGGAUCCGACCUAUUCCUGGUGUGCGACAAGACAGCGCGGGCACAACUGGUCGCCCUGCAAGAACGCCUAAGCACCGUCGCCGUCGUCACCGGUACAUUCGUAACGGACAACGCGACCAGCAUCGCGUACGACCUCAACCAGGGCCGACCGAUCUCGGGGACCUUCACGUUCACGAACUACACCAAGAACCCAAUCGAGUCGAUCGAUGGAGGCUGCUACCGCAACAUCUACUUCCCAUGGUGGCUCCAGCCGUUCCCGUGGUGGACGCAGUUCAUCCUCGUGCCUCUGUUCUCGAUCUUAUCCUCGAUGGCAAACCUGCAGCCGUUCUGGACGCGUGAGAUGUUGGUCAUGGUGAUCAUAUCGUCUGCGGCGUAUGCAGCGAACAAGGCGGCGGAUCACUUCAUCUUCGACCGGUCAGAUAUCGUGUCUGCCAUCGGCGCGUUUGUGGUCGGGCUGCUGGGCAACCUGUAUUCAAGGAAGCUCAAAGGAACGGCGUUCACGUCGAUGGUAACUGGUGUCUUGUUCCUCGUGCCGUCCGGUCUAUCCGCAGCUGGUGGUAUCACUGCUCAAGGGAGUGGCAUUGACAUUGGAGCAGCAAUGAUAUCAGUCACCAUUGGUAUCACCGUUGGGCUGUUCAUGAGCCAGGCAUUAGUUUACAUGUUCGGGUCGCGUAAGAAUGCUGCUGUAUUCUCUUUCUAG